AUUUCAUUGGCUGUAGCGUGGCCACUACGCAUUCUUUAGUUGUUGGUAACCUCAGUUAUGGAAAGCAAAUUACCUAUCCAUGUACCAGGAACAGAUUUGAUUGGGUGUGUUAUUUAUUAAUGACUCAUGGGCGAGAAUUAAGCGUCUGGCCUUUUGAUUGAUGUCUACUGACCGCCUGGAUGGCUCAUUGACCUAUAAAAUAAGGGAUUGCUGAGACGGGGGCGCUUCAGCCUAAUAGAGACAGUUUAUCAUGGAGGACUCCACAGAAUUCAUUCUCCAGGAUCAAGGCUCCAGGAUGGUCCAUAGCAGUAAGGACAACCCCAUCCUGACAGUUGCUACUGGGGCUUUGCUCGCUGGCCUCUACGGGAUGUGGACUAUGUUUGCCCUUCCUGGCUUCCGCAAAGUGCCAAGAAGACUCAAGGUGCCUUACCUGCCCUCGAGUAAAGCUCAGAUCGUAAACGCCAUGCAGCUGCUGGAGGGACGCAGAGGCCAACUAGUUGAUCUGGGAUCAGGAGACGGGAGACUGGUGUUUGCUGCCUACUCUGUUGGCCUCCAGUGUACUGGAUUUGAGAUCAACUCCAUGUUGCUGGCAUAUGCUAGAGUGAAGGCACGCUGGACAGGAGUACCACCCAGCCAGGCAAACUUUGUCAACAAAGACUUCUGGAAGACUGAUUUGUCAAACUACAACAACGUGACUGUAUUCCUAGCCCCAGGAUUGAUGGAGGUGCUGGGUGAGAAGCUUCUGAGGGAGCUUCCUGAUGACGCGCGUGUCAUCGCCUGCCGCUUCCCCUUCCCCCAGUGGCCCCACCGAGCCUCGCAGGGAGACGGCCUCGACCAGGCCUGGGCCUAUGACAUCAGCACUGUACGCUCAGCCCUGGGCCAGGCAUGACCGGAUGACCUUAUACUGUGCAUCGAUGACUGGAUUAAUUCUAAUGUCAUUCACUGGUUCACACCAAAUCCAAUAUAUGCUAAUUAACACCCCAAUCAAACCACAAACCCAGUAUCGCCAACUGCUUCUGUCUUUGUUUACAUUUUGUUUUUUGAUUUAUUCAAAAUUCUAAAGGCACUCGCACAUCUCAGCUAUCUUUUUUGCAGGUACAUGGUAACAGUUGAACAAGAUGAGAAAAAAGAAGAAACCUGCACACUGCUCUUGAUAGUAUCACUGCUCUUUAAUAAGCUUUACAUAUCGGCCUCAAGGCCUUCCUCAGAGCUUUUGUGAGUUAAAAAAAAUGUUUUUACACCCUUAUGUAGACCUAGCUCCACCCACAUCCGUUCAAUGCAUUGAAUGGGAUUGGAGUUGAGGGAAAAUUAUUAGAAUAUUUAUGAAAUGCACAUUGUUAUAUUUGGUAACGCUUACUUAAGUGUUUACAUAAAACAUAUCAAACACGUCUGUAAAACCACAAUGAGGACAUCGACCCAUCAAGCAAGUUUUCAUAAAUCAUUGGUUACAGCGCAAGAAAAACAUCAGAGUAAUUUGAAAUGGUGGCAUUAAUUCAUGUUCACAUUUACAACAUAACGUAUAAAGGCAUUUCAUCAUUAAGACCUUUAGGAAAUAAUGUCUGGAGGGUGAAAAUCCCAAAACAUUCUCAUUUGCUCAGAGUAUUAUUAAUAUCACCUCCCCUGUCUGAUAUCUUAACUUCCUCUAUGCCACAAAAUCUAAAGGUAGAAGUGUCAUGUUUUUGGUCUUUAAAAUGUACUGUGACUAAAUUAUACCUGUCGUUUCUCCUGAUUGAACUUUUAUGUUCACUAAUUGUCUGUUUGAGAGAACCAGAGGUUUUACCUACAGAACACAGCCCACAUGGACAUUUAAUCAUGUAAAUAACAUGGGUGGUAGAGCACGUAAUAAUGUCAUUUAUUUGAAACCAUUUUCUUGUAUGUGGGUGGCAGAAAUAUUCACACUUCAUCAUAUUGUUGCACUGUGCACAACCUCAGCAUUUAUAGUUACCAUUCGGAAGAGGGCGUUAAAGAGCCCGGCUCAUUUUCUUUUGUGGCUGGCAGUUGGCAUGGACCAAUUUCUCACGUAAAUUUCUACUUCCUAUAUACAAUAAACCGUGGAUUGUUAAAUUCAGUUGGCAAAGCUGGGUCCGAUGAUAAAACAUACCAGUGUUUCAUGACAGCAUCUCCCACUCUGCGCCAGUUCAAAGUACAUGUGGAGGUGAACAUUACAGUGUUCUUUAGCUUUAGUGGGUCUUUUUUGUAGCAGUUCAUCUCGUGUUUUUGCUAAUGCCAAAUUAAGAGCUUCAUCCACACAUUGUAAUACUAGCAAGAGCAGUUUGUUGAUUUAUUGAACAAUAUAUGAAGGGUGAGCUGUGUGCCAAGCUUCAUUGGUCAAAUGUAAAGGAAGGGAAUUAUAAACAUGUCCUUACACUGUAAUUAAACCAGGUGCCAGAUACUGUAUGUCCUGUGAGAACAAAUAUGCAGAGCAUUUGAAGUAAUUAUGUAAAUGAGUCUUUCCCACUGUGGUGUGAAAGGAAGGUUGCAAACUGUGAGAGAAAUUAAUACAAUUCUAUUUUCUGGA